AGAGGGAGAAAAAAACAGCACCUUCCCUACUGCAUUGUAAUAAUAUAUUAUUACUCUGUGAGAAAUACUUCUAGAAUAACUGGAGAGUUAGAGAUACUUGUUGAAAGCCAGGGAUACGACUGACUGAAUAUCUCAUAGCAACUUUGGAGGCAUUAAGUACAAUGGAUUGAAUACUGCCUCUUGAAUCUAUUGUAGCAUCUGCCAAAACCAGAUGAGAAUUUCAUUCUUUAAAAUACAUCAGCUGGUAAAUACAUAACUCAAUAUUUUGUCAGAUACCAAAAAGGAAUUUGCAGAAGAUGAAUGACACAGUAUGUGGAAAAUAAAAUUGCAAAUGGCAUUUAAAUACUGCAGAUUUAAAUAGCAUGUCUGCGAGGUAGAGUUCAGUGCUAAUUCUGCGUGCUUUUACUGAAAUGGUACCACUUUACCAAGAAGCUAAAUUUGUCUGUUAUUUCUUCGUACUUGUUUUUGUUUGUUUCUUUUUGAUAUAUAUGUUGACCAUGUGAACAUUAUGUUCUUCUUGGCAUUUUUGUUCUGUGGGCAACCACAGGAAAGCUGUACUCUGCAAAUAAAAUCUUCAUUAUUAUUUAUUUUUAGUUGAUUAAAGAGAAAAAUCAAGCCAAAGAAUGGUAUUGCUGUUCUUUGUGGGAGGCUGCAGCUACUUUUUCAUAUCUCAGUUAGUAGCAUAAGAUGUUUUCUCUCAUGUUGUUUAUUGUUUACCCAAUUGAAACACUAGCAAAUCUGUCGUCUCAUUAAUCAAUUAUGUUUCAACUCAGAGGAGCUUCAAUUGUCAGUAAUAUAUAUUGUUAACAACAAGCAGUUGUUGAUACAGCCUGCAGUGAGAAUGACUUUUCUUGCCAGUAGGAAGCUCAACUCUAGAUGUUGUCCAGCUGCAGUAGUGUAAAAGGGGCUGUCCUAUCGAGCAGUAUUUUUGUGCUGGUGUAUUUUUUUGUUGCUUUUUUGAUGUUUAUGUGAGAAAUGUUUAGCUGUAACAUUAGGCAGCUUUCAGUUUCAACGGAACAACUUGCUUAGAAACACAUAACCUGCAUAUAACUUCAAAAAUAUGUGCUUCUAACUUAUUGUGGUUGCCUUGCACGUUCUUCUGCUGCGUUCCAGUUUUAGCAUGCGCUGAAAGUCUGUGUUUCCUGCUGCUGAGUCUUUAGAGACUGUCUGAAGAGAGCACUAAAAAAUUUACUUUGUAAGUGCUGAAGCGUGAGACUAAGCCACGUUUAUGCAGUGUGGGUGGACAGCUGCAGCCAGGUUAUCUGUGUGCCUGCUCAGCUGCACUGGCAGAGUCUGUCCUGCUUGAGUACCACAGCUGCUGUGCUCCCCGUGCCUGGGAAGAGGGGGGAGGGUAAGUGCCAGGAGGAUGAGGGCACAAGCUGCUGUGUGCUGCUUGCUGCCUUCUCUCUUCUUAACUUCCCUACCAGUGCUAGCACAGAUGAGGGCGAGGGAUGUCUCCCAUGAGCAGAAGCAGAAAAGGUACCCUGCUGCUAUGGUGCAGUGUGCAGUGCAGCACUGUGCGUGUUGUCUUGGGGAGCUGAGCUCACUGAAGACAAGUUCCUGAUUUCAGCUACCCCUGGCUCUGGGACUCCUUUUAUAUGGAGUCCACAGGAUCAUAUAGCGUGCAUUUGGAGUGUGGAAAACUUGUUUCUAAGUUGUGAUAUGUCUCCCUGAGAGCCAGAUAGACUAAGAUACAAUGAUAUGAGAAUAAGUAUUUUAGCUAAUGCUGGUUUCUUUCUAUCCUUCAUUCCAUAGAUGAGAGAAAUGUGAAGGGCUGGAGUAUCCAAAAGAUUGCAUUCUCUGGGUUCUUUAGUGAAGUUGUGUGUAGGCUUUUUUUUUUCCUUGUCCUAUUUGUUUAGUGGCACAUUGUAAUGUAUAUACAGAAUCUCUUGAAAAAAAAUUGAAUUUCUUCUGGAUGUGACUUCCCAGAGGUCUGUGUGUGCCAUUACAUUGGCCAGUGGAAUGAAAAGGAAAUUCCACACAGACACAGAUUAAUACCAUGUAUUUAUAUCUGUUUACUUAGAGUCUAUUGUCUUCAAAAAAAAAUAAUGGCAGUACUUAUUAAAAUGAACACUCAGCAGCUAUCUGUAUUUGGAUACUCAGAAUGGCUUAUUUCAUGCAUGAGUCAACAUAAGCAUUUGAAAACAUGUUUUGGAUAUCCUUCCUACACAGUUAAUGAAUUAGAGAAUUUUGGAGUUAAUUAGUAGGAGCCAGGAGAAGGCAGCUGAGGUGCUAUUGCUUCCACUUACCUGGCAUACAGAGCUGCUAACACUUGUCCAGACUUUUUAGUCUGAGCAGUGUGUUGGCCUAACUCCUUGUAAACUUCAAACAAGUGCAUUUUAUUUGCAUUAUGUGGGAACAUUCAAGUCUGUUGAAAUUACUGGGUAUUUUUUUGGGGGGGGGAGAGAGGAGGGAUGGAUUUCUUUUUCAUUUGGCUGAGUUUGUUUGCUUUGUUAUCGUUCCUCUCUCUGCCCGCAGGUAACAUCAUGGUGCUGUGGUCAACUUGCAGAACAUCAGUACUUAAAUCCGUAACAAACCGAUUCAUUAAGAAUUUGGCCUGCUCGGGUAUUUGUGCCAGCCUAGUCUGCGUGCCUUUUGACAUUGUUCUUAGUGCCAGUCCACACUGCUGCUGGUGGAUCUACACGAUGCUCUUCUGCAAAAUUGCCAAGUUUCUGCACAAAGUCUUCUGCUCAGUGACCAUCCUUAGUUUUCCAGCCAUUGCUCUUGACAGAUACUACUCUGUUUUAUAUCCUCUGGAAAGAAAAAUAACUGAUGCAAAAUCCCGAGACCUGGUUAUCUACAUCUGGACCCAUGCAAUAGUGGCCAGCAUUCCGGUAUUUGCUGUGACCAAUGUGUCUGAUAUUUAUGCCAUGUCCACCUGCUCUGAAUCCUGGAGUUACUCCCUUGGCCACUUGAUCUACGUUGUCAUCUAUAACAUCACCACUGUGAUUGUACCGGUGGCUGUGGUAUUUCUCUUCAUGAUUCUUAUUCGCAGGGCACUGAGUGCCAGCCAGAAGAAAAAAGUCAUCAUAGCUGCCUUAAGGACCCCUCAGAAUACAAUUUCAAUCCCUUAUGCCUCCCAGCGAGAAGCUGAGCUUCAUGCCAUGCUGCUUUCUAUGGUUGUGAUAUUUAUUUUCUGCAGCAUCCCCUAUGUGACUCUGGUGAUUUACCGUACCAUACUCAAUGUUUCAGAUAUUUCGGUCUUUUUGCUUCUCACUGCUGUUUGGUUGCCCAAGGUCUCUUUGUUAGCCAAUCCUUUGUUAUUUUUAACUGUUAACAAAUCUGUACGAAAGUGCUUAGUUGGGAUGAUAGUACAGCUGCACCAGAGGUACAGCAGGAGAAACAUUGUCAGCUCAGGUGGUGUUGCAGAUGCUAAUCUGGAGCCCAGUGCCCGUUCAGGGAGCCAGCUUCUGGAGAUGUUUCAUAUUGGGCAGCAACAAAUCUUCAAGCCAACAGAAGAUGAGGAGAAUGAAACCAAAUCUGUUGGCUCUAGUGACUUUCAGCAGAAACAAAUUCCUGUCACCAGUUCAGAGAUAGGAGAGACUUCGAUUCACAAAUUUAUACCACAGACAGUUGCAGACUCUGCAGCUCAGGUGGCACCAGCUGUGCCUGCAGAAACUGAUAUGGGAAAUGACAAGUAUUCCAUGAAGUUUGGCUUUGGACCCUUUGAGCUGCCUCCACAGUGGCUGUCAGAAAGUCGGAACAGUAAGAAGCGACUCCUGCCUCCUUUGGGGAAUACCCCUGAAGAGCUAAUCCAGACAAAGCAGCCAAAGUGUAAAGCAGAAAGAAAAAUUAGCAGAAAUAAUAAAGUCAGUAUCUUUCCCAAGGUGGAUUCUUAGGAGGAAUAAGAGCUUUAAGUGACCGACAAAGGUCACCUAAAUUUAUGUGUGAUCCCAUGGAUCUUUGCUGUGCUGAAAUCUGUUACAGGCUGAUUUUUUUUUUUUGUGUGUGUGUGUGUGUGUGUGUGCUUGUGUGCCAAGUAUAAUUAAACAACAGAGAAACAUGCAUACAGGUGUUCUUUAUUUAUAUGGUUUUGUGAAAGUAAUAUAUUGAAAGAUCAUGAUUCUUAUUUUUAUUUGUGAAAUACCUAUGAUAAUACAUUCCUGAUGAGCUUUCAGAAAGUACAUGUAGCUUUGGGAACAGUUUACUUAUGGCUGAUGUAUGGAAAUAUGGCAGUCAGUUUGCUGGGAACCUUCUUAUAUUAAGAUGGACUGGAUAUUGAAGAAGCUUAAUAGGAAAGGCUAUAGAGAGCACGAGAGGAUGCAAGAUGUAAGAUCUAACCUCACGUUAGCAGACACAGCAAGCUUCUGCACAUUUCAUUAAUGAAGUAAGGAGAACUAUAAAGUAUAUCUUUUAAGCCAGUUUCUGAAAUCAGUAUUAAAAGUAAAACUUGCUGGACUCUUGUUAUUUAGCAAGUAUCUGCUAAACUACACCUUUUUAAAACUUAAACCAAUAUUUUCUGUGUUUAAAAUUUUAGCAGAGCCAAGGAUACCAAAAUUGUCUUGUGUGUCACAAACCCAAGGAUGACGGAUUCAGAAAUCGAUUUCUUUUUUAAAAAACGUUCUUGUAGUUCUAAGUAGAAACUGUACUGGAGACAAUGCUAGACAAACCCUGACCUCAGUAAACAAGAAUGUAUAUGCCAAGGGCAUAAAUGUAACGUUUUGAUCUUAUGAUAAAGGGUACAUACAAAUGUCCCAACAGUAUUAUGUAAGUAUUGUGUAUAUAAGCAAAGGAUUGCCCUUAAAAUUCACUCCUAUCUAUUGGUUCACUCAGCUUUUUUUUUAUGGGAAAGGUAGCAAAUGGAAGAAAAGAGUUGGAAUUGCUUACAGACUUGUACUGAAUUGUUGAGUGAGGAAGCUGAUUAUGGACCCCAAAAGGCAAGGUUUGCUAAUGCUGUGGCUCAGUAUUGUUAGUGAGGUUUUCCUUUUACCUUCAUCAACAUAAAUACCAGUAUCAUAUUCCACUUGUUUCAAAGACUCAAUCAAUCUGUGUCUGAACAUGAGACCUCUGAAUCUGGUGCCUAAUUUUUUAUCAAAUCAGAGUCAACCGUCCCUGGUCUCAGCACACCAGCCGUCCUUUGAGAGAUCUCUGUUUGCAUCCUUCUGCAGCUCAUCCUCCCAAGCUUAUAAUUUCCUCGGUACUGUGCGAAUUUCAAAUGUACCUGUCUGUUAGAUGACUAGGAAACUAUUGUCACCCCAGCUGUAAUCCUUUGGUCAGUUGGAAGUAGUUGUUCCUUCUUUUCUUAUUUGUAUUCACUGUUGACUCUGGGUGAGAAAAACUGAAAAACACAAGUGACACCCAGCACUCCUCAUGAUUCUUCUGUAGUGUAGCCCUUUGGUGUAUGCUGGAUCUUUACCUGUCAUUAUUGCCUGUUGGGAAAGUAUUUUUCUUUAAAGAAUGCUUUUUGAAAGGACAAGGUGAAUCGUCUUGCUGAAUUCACAGUAAUUUGCCAAAUCCAAUUGAUUACUGUUAGAAGUGUGGGAAAAAUUGUGCUAAGGCAGAAUUUGUAGAGGUGCAUAUUCUUCCUUUGAAGAGUAGGAGCAAGUCAGCUGCUUCUGCUAGCUUUGAGGUGAUGGAUUUCUAUAAGACACACAAAGCAAAUGUUUUAAUUAAAAAAAUAAAAAUAAAAAAUCUCAA